AAAUCUACUAAUCACUCGAAGGCCUAUUGCGGUCAGGGAGAAGUCGACUCAUCUGAAAUGUGCUCAUCUCCACCAGUUGAAGUUGAUCUCCUAGUGACAACCUGUAAGAACUCCUUUACGUGUAGGUCUGGUGAUAUGUCCCUCGACGUCGACGCCCUGGCUAAUGCAGGAUGGUGUUGCAUAGAAGAUGGACGUAUCGAAACAUUGUGCUGUCAGGCUGUCUGGGACAACACGGCUAUAGAGGAUUUUUGGAUGCAACAUGUCAUUGGUAGUCCUGGAUGUCCUUUCCUGAGGCAACAGAAAGGUCAAGCCUACAUUGAUAGUAUCCAGGCUGUUUUGACUACAACCACAGAUGGCGAACCUGUGUCGGAACAGCCUGGAAGCCAGAGGAGACCUCAGGAUGAACCAGUGUUGGAACAGCCUGACGGCCAGAUGAAAUCCAAAUAUGAACCGGGGUCGGAACAACCUGACUUCCAUAUGAGUUCCCAGGGAGAAUUAGAAAAGUUAUGGGAGGAAAACGAUCUGAUGAAGAAAAUGAACAACUGCUUUGUGUGCGAGGAGGAACCACGUAAGAUAACAUACCUACCCUGUAAACAUCUCGCCUGCUGCGGAAUCUGCGAUCUGGCUCAGCUUAAAUGUCCAAUCUGCAAGGAAUCAAUCAAAGACCGUUUCACAACAUUUUUGUCAUAGAUCAUCAGGAUUUCCCUUAAAUGUACUUUUAACAAGAGUGGGAGAGUAACGCCAUCCUACCAAUAGAGAGUACCUAAACAGCAUUGCCGUACAUGGCAUUGGUUGUAUUGUGUAUCCAAAGUCUCCGUUCUUUUGUUUUGUUACAAGCUGUCAUAUCUUUAUGUGUUAAUGGUGUUGGUAGUUUUACUUUGUUUUUUAGUCCCGAAUAUACUGCAAUAAAUAUUUUAGCCAAUGAAAUGACUCAUAAUCUCUAAUCGGGUGAUCAGUAUGUAAUCCAUCUUAUUGUGUAAUCAUUUCUUAUAUAACUAUUCGCAAUGUUUUACGUCUGUGCUUCAAAAAGUAUUCUUGUUACUUAUUCUGUUUACUCUGUUUAGGUAUUUAGAUAUUUAAACUAAUAAGUUAUUAACUAAUUGUUAUGAAAGCUAUAUAGACUGUGUGAAAAGCUGCGUAAUAUAAGCGUUUCAAAGAAGGUACAGCGUUGAAAUAACAUUUCUAGGGGAUGUAAUGUGUCACUAUCUUUGUAAUCCGUAAUGCGUAUUGGUUCGAUUGUGAAAGGAUACCACCCAGAUAUUUAACCAUCUGUCAGGUGAAUGCAAUUGUAGAUCAGAGCAGAUUAACAUCUGCGAUA